AUGAGGUCGAGGGCAGCAGUUCACCCGCCCGGCUCCACUCUUGGGCGGCUGCCCGUGUUUUCCGUGCAGGAAAGCAGGACUAGGAAGGCCGUGGAGCUGGCGCUGCCGUGGGAGCGGAGCGGGGCAGCGCCUCGAGCCUCCCGAGGCCUCGCGAGCAGAAGCAGGGGCAGCUUCACGUUACCUCACGUGAAAGCCCUGGCGUUCUUGCUUUGUGCCACGUACGAAGCGGUGUUGGCAGUCGCUUGGAGGAGAUCACACAGCAGCUUCAGGCUGCUGCAGCUGAGGCCAUCCCGGCUCUCCUCUCCGUGCAGAUACGGCUUCGUGGAGUUCGACGACCUGCGCGAUGCCGACGACGCCGUGUACGAGCUGAACGGCAAGGACCUGUGCGGGGAGAGGGUGAUCGUGGAGCACGCGCGGGGCCCGCGGCGCGACGGCGGCUACGGCUCCGCACGCAGUGGAUAUGGUUAUAGAAGAAGCGGAAGAGAUAAGUACGGUCCUCCGACCCGUACAGAAUACAGAUUGAUUGUGGAAAAUUUGUCAAGCCGCUGCAGUUGGCAGGAUCUUAAGGAUUAUAUGCGUCAGGCAGGGGAGGUGACAUAUGCAGAUGCACACAAAGGAAGGAAAAAUGAAGGUGUGAUUGAGUUCAAAUCCUAUUCUGACAUGAAAAGAGCCCUCGAAAAGCUGGACGGGACAGAAGUAAAUGGCAGAAAGAUUAGAUUAGUGGAAGACAGACCUGGAUCGAGACGGCGCCGCUCCUACUCCCGAAGCCAUUCAAGGUCUCGCUCGCGCAGCCGACACUCGCGCAAGAGCCGCAGCCGAGGCAGCCGCUCCAAGAGCAGAUCAAGAUCCAGGUCUGUGUCCCGUUCCAGAAGCAAGAGCCGUAGUCGAAGCAAGAGCCGUAGCAGAGACCAAAAAGAGAAAAGCAGGACUCCAAGUAAAGAGGAUAAAAGUAGGAGCCGCAGCAGGAGCGCAGAGAAAUCACGGAACAGAAGUAAAGACAAAUCUGAGGAUGCUCUCCAUAACAGUGAUGAGAAAGCAAAGAGCAGGAGCCGCAGCAAGGAAAAGAGUAAGAGCAGGAGCAGAAGUGGGAGUAGAGACAGGGGAGAACAGAGGGAGAGCAUGAGGAGUAGGAGCAAGGAGAAGAGCAGGAGCAAAGACAGGGAGAAGAGCAUUAGCAAGGCUAGAAGCAGGAGCAAGAGCAGGGCCGAGAGCAGGAGCCCUAGUAAAGACAAAAGGAAAAGUAGGAAGAGAAGUAGGGAUGAGAGCAGGAGCAGGAGUAGGAGCAGGAGCCGCAGCCAGAGCAAGAGUGAGAAAGGCAAGAGGUGCAGCAAGCGGGACAGCAAGCCCCGGGGCAGGAAGAAAAGGAAGCACAGUCACGAGCGGUCCAGGUCAGGCUCCAGAGAAAAGGAGCAUCAAAAAUCGGAGUGUGACAAGAAGGAAGCAAAAGGGGAGGGUGAGGAUUCAGGGGUGCAGCAGGUUUCUCGCUCCAGAUCUAGAUCGAAUUCCAAGUCAAAACCAAAUAUCAAAUCAGAUUCCCGUUCCAGAUCAAAAUCUGUUUCAAAACCUAGGUCUCGGUCCAAGUCUCAGUCUAGGUCUGCGUCUAGGUCACACUCCCGAUCACGGUCAAGGUCUCGCUCCAAAUCCUAACCUUGCUGCAACCACACGUGGAAGUAUUGGAGAAGUCUUUUGUACGUGUUUGGUAGUUGUAGCACAAGUGAUUGAAGUAGAACACGUGUCAAAGCUGUGUGUUUUUAACAACCCUGGUGGUGUCUACCCCUGUUACUGCAGUGCUCGC